GUUGUGUGAUUUGAGUGUUGUGUUUGACGUUAGUGAGCUAACAGUAGUGAAAAAUGUUUAAUAAACUGAAAAUUGCCGUUUUUAACGCUGUAAGUGGCACUGGUGAUAUAGAUCAGGGUGCACAGCUAGGAAUUGCAGACAAAGGACCAGAUUUUGAGAAACCGCUUAAAUUCAAAUAUAAGCGCCCCUUUUUUCUAAGUUUUACUUCUGACGAAGAGGUCCAGGUUUCUGCAGAUCAUCAUUCGAGACCCAUCAUAGUACCACGAGACACCUCGCGUUUGCCUUGGCACAGUGGAUAUGCGGAAGCGGUUAAUGCGGGGAAAUCAACGUGGAAUGAAGACCAAGCAUUCCUAGAAAGACGAGAGCUGCGCAGGGCGGGAGAGUCCUCAAAAGCCUUAGGUACAUCAUCUAUUGGAAAUGAGAUGUCCCUGCCCUAUGUAUAUUUCGCGUUAUUUGAUGGCCAUGCAGGGUUUGGAGCAUCAGUAGCUGCAGCAAAUCAGCUACAUCAUCUGUUAUACGGCAGGUUAAUGGAUGUUGUCGAACAGUUAUUACCCAGACUAGAAGAUAUUGUAGAGCCUGGCAAAAGAGGAGGAAUUGCCAUGUGGGUUCCAGAUAAAGAGGCCGACAAGGAGAUGCUAAUAAAGGGAGCUUUGGAAUUGGCUUUCCACGAUAUGGACCAAAUGAUUUUGGAGGAUAAAAAGAAGUACAGAAUGAAAGGUGGAUGCACAGCUUUAGUUGCCCUGUUCAUUCUGGGCAAAUUAUUUGUGGCAAAUGCUGGAGAUUCGAGGGCUGUACUAGCGAAAAAUAGAACAGUCAUUCCAAUGUCACACGAUUUCACGCCAGAGUCGGAAAGGGCACGAGUAAGACACUUGGCUGCCCUGAAACCUGAGCUGUUGGGUAAUGAGUUCACACGUCUAGAUUAUAUUAGACGACCGACAGUACACGAUUUGGGGAAGAAGAUUUUGUAUCGAGACGCAUUCAUGAAUGGAUGGGCAUACAAAAUCGUUACCCGCGAUGAUUUAAAAUACCCUGUUGUUGUCGGGGAAGGGAAACGGAGCCGUGUAUUGGGGACUAUCGGAGUGACCCGUGGUUUUGGUGACCACGAUCUCCGGGCUGUUGUGGCUGAUGUUCCUGUCAAACCAUUCUUGUCAUCACAGCCUGAGAUCGAAGUAUUUGAUAUUGAAGAAGAGGAUAUCACAGAGUGGGAUGUUCUUAUCAUGGGGACAGAUGGGUUGUGGGACGUGACCUCUAACGAAAGUGCUAUUGAAAUCGUGCAGAAAAACUUAACACAUUUUAGAGAAGACCAGCGUGCAAAGUACGGGUACACAUCAGCAGCCCAAGAUUUGAUAAUGCAGUCCAGAGGGAAACAUGUUGGAGACAAUUGGAGAACACACGAAGGUCGAGCUGGGAGCAUCGACGACAUAUCCGUAUUUGUAAUACCUUUACUUCCUUAUAAAAAAGAAUAUACUGAGUGGCAUACUAUGUUCGAUGCGGCCUGGGGUAUCUGUGAGCCUGAUUCCCAGAACACUUUCGGGAAGUUAUCACUUAGGACAUCGCCCAUCCCGUCGCAGAGACGGGAUGUGACUAGAAAUGGUGGAUCAUUAACUGUUCGCCGUUCAGUUAAAUCUCCCUCUGACUCUACAGAGGAGGACGUAUGGGACUUCGAUGAGGAUGCUGAGGAGAUUGUGGUUCCAGUGAGCCCUGAUGAUGGAAGUAAGUCCACAGAACAGUGGCAGGAGUUAACACGCUGUAUGGGCGUUAUAGAUCUUACGGAUCCUGAACUAUCUCCAACCAAAAAAGGGUAUCGAAAGGACUUGUAUGUAAAACCAUCUCCAAAGAAGUUAAGUAACAAAGAUGCCAAUAUUCCUCAUGGUCCUCAGGGAACACAAUCUUACUCAUGUAGUGCGAGAAAGGCAAGCCACACUAGCGAUGAUGUGAGCAAUCCUAGUAGCAGGGAAUCAACUCCAAAGACUGUAUCAUCUGAAAGUGCUAGUGGCCAGGGACUACCAAGCAAGACAGUGCAGAGAAGUCGUGAGAGACGUGACUCACAAACUUUUCCACCUACUUAGAAAAUGAACUUUAAAAGUACCUGAAGUAAGAUUUCCCUAUAAGAAGACUGAUAUUAUAUUAAUAAUUACAAACUGCCUGCACAUGGUAACAGCAGCAGCUGUUCUAUGAUAUUAUUUUUGUUGAAGUCAUUGUUCUGUGUUUUUUUUGUUCUGUUCAUUACUUUAUUAUUGAAUUUUUCUUAUCUUUCAUUUCUUGAUACUGAUUGUUUAUUGAAUUAAUUUUAUUGUUAAUGAAUAAAAUGAUUACUUUUGUGUUGUAAUGUGUGUGUUAUUGUUGAUUUCAGUUUCUCCCUGUGUUAGGUAUGUAACUGUAAAAAAAUUGGUUAUCGAUCGCAAUUUAACAUUUUCAGUUCAAAGUUGGUGUUCUUGAUGGCAGUGAGUGAUGACUAUACUUGGAAGGUUGAAUAGAUUCUGGAGGACAAAUUGGAAUUAAUUGAAACAGCAAAGAGCUUAUGGUGACAUAUUAUUACAGUCCAAUUUGUGGUUUAUUUGGUGUGGAACAGAGAAAAGUCAGGUAACCAAAAUGUAACAUUGACAAUGAAGACAUAUGCCACACAUGUGAUAGAUAGAGACAGCAAAGAUGUAUAUGGGAAGGUGGUUGUAUUUUAGGAUCAAAAUACUUCCAGUUCUGAAGUGAAGCUGAGAAAUUUUUAUGUGUGUGUGAGGGAAGGGGGGAAGGCAAAGAGGAAAGAGAAAGAGAAUGAGAAUGAGAAUAUCUGAAAUUUUAAAACUGGAAAAAAAUUAUGUAAUCCAAGUCUCACAGGAUACAGAUUUCACAGUCUAAUUAUUAAAACUGAAUUCUGCACCAGAACCACUGUGUACAGAAUUUUUCCAUAUAGGCUAUGCCACUGUUGGAACACAAUGGAAGAAAUUCAGUUAAUCCAUGUACCAUUCAAUAAUUUUUUCUCACAGCAUACAGAUUCCUCCUAAAGCAGAACAUGAUAUUCCUCUUAGGUAUGUUUGCUGGUACAUAAAGCUGUAAAACAAUCAAAAAAGUGAAGCUUAAUGUUGUUCCUAAACUUUGAAGGUCUGUCACUUUUCAUUGCCUAUUGUUUAUAUACUAAACAUAGUACUUUUGUUCAGAGGGUUUAGUUUAAAAAAGUACAGCUGAUAAACAGGGUCUAUUAACCAGAGGCUAAAUUGACUAACGUGUCACUGUCAUCCCUGAAGGAAAUUGUUUCAUGAAGUCAAAAAUACCAUAUGAAAGCUCUUUUGUUGCUCAAUACUUGCCAGCAGUGACUCUUUUAUGUACCUUUUGCUAUUGAAUUCAGCCAAUGAUGGGGAAAAUAUCACAACACAUAAAGAUGAUUAAUGUAUAGUAAUGAAGUUUAGGGAAUACAUUUACAUAGGUAGAAUAUUUACAUGAUUAACAUUUCAAAGCCAUAGGUUAAUGUAAGAGCGAAAUAAGCCAUUGCAAGUGUAAAAUACUGUAGUAUUGAACAUACGUAAUUUAUUUGGUUAAUUUAAGGCAAAGUUUAAUAGAGCUAUGUUGAAAUUCUCCCAGUGGCACCAGUCCAGUAGGUAUACUACCAGGAACUUUUAUGUGACGUCAAAAGCUGCAUUUUACUUCAGAUAUAUUUGACUGAUUUUUAGUUAAUGUUAGUUUUGUGCAGGAGAUAAACUGAUAGUGACCUUGACUGCUAAGGAAUUUGCACAGUAUAUAAUUGUUCCCUUUAUGUUUAACCCUUGUUUUUCAUUAAAUUCAUGAAUUAUGAACAUAAGUAUUUUGAAAGCUAGAUUAUAAAUUCUUGAAACUGUAACAUAACAUACGAAGGUGCACGCUCACUCAGUCUUUGGGACACUUUAUAAUAGUACAUACCUUUUUUAGGUGCCCAUUCUGAUGGGCUGAUCUGAUUAAAUUGGAGCCAUGUGCUUCCAGUAUUUUGAACCUGUUGCCAGAAAACCAUUUGUAUUAAUACUGUCCACAGCUGUAACCAUCCCUUCAACUUUACAUUUACAAGUCAUAUCACUUUUUGCAGUAAAAAAGAAAUUUUAUGUUUUAAUAAGAUAGCAAAGUCUGUAUCAUUACAGAGUUUAUAUAUUUUGCGAAUCUGUAAGUAAUUUGUAUGUAGCUGAUUGAGUUUUGGAAGAAUAAAUAACAAGAACCAAAGAGAACGUAGUCCUUUGCCUACCCAGAUAUAAUAUGGAAAAUGCUGUCUACAGUUACAAAAUUGAGUGAUUCAAACAGGAAAUAUGUUCCUUUUCUUUGAUAGCAUUAAAUUUUAUUGAAAAUGAUAUAAUUACAUGUUGAAAAUGUUAUGCAGCUCAAAUAAUUAUGUUAGAACUGCUUAUUGUGUGUUAGUGAAACGUCUUAUAUCUUAAUUUGUGUUUACCUGUUGUAUCAUGUUUCAGUUUCGCUUGUGAUCUGUGGAGCUUAGUUCUGUUGUGAGUGGAGCUCUAAGAUUUUCAGUACGAUUCUGAGGAGGAGAAAAGUGCUAAUGGGAAACUUCUCAAACACAUAUAAAGAUAUAUUUUUAUAGGGAAAAUAAAACACCUGAACUUUUGCAAUUUUGCUAGUAUUGACUGGCAGUUGUGUGCAGUACAAUAGUAAAUUUUAACAGAGAGAGGCAGGCGCACCUGUGAUAAAACAUUCAUUGAAUGUAUUCAGUAUUAACUGCAUUGUGUAUAUUGUGAGGGGUCAAAGACUUUACAAAUGCAGCAAUUAACAAAAUAAAAAACUUGACAAGUAAGUCAUUUUUUACAAGUGUGUGGAAGUAGUUUUCCUGGCAUAUUUGCUGUGCUCUUAUGCAUAUUUAAUUUUAUGUGUGAUAUUGUUUUAAACAAAAAAAUUAUAAUUUGUUGUGCGGUUGUUAGAUAAUGUGUAGAUUGAAUUUGCUGCAAAAGUUCCAUAGCUUGCCACCUCAUAUUUGUUAGGUACUUUAAUCUUAAUUUUUUACUUUAUUAGUAAUUCACAUUGGAGAGAGUUGUGAAUUUUUAUCAUCAUGAUUAUAGAUGUGAUUAUAUUUCUGUUUUAAAUGCUGUUUUAAUUUCUUUAUUCUUUGUAUUGAAAAACUGUGUUGUGGAAUUUAAUGAAACAGUAAGACAGACGCAGGAAAGUUGCCUCACAGUAGUGAAUAUACACUUAAUGUACACUGAUUCUCUUGAGCAAGAAUCAGUGUUGAAUCACUUCAUUUGGUUGUGAUUAUGCAGCAUAUCAGAAAUUGCCAAUUUUUAUAUUGUGUUCUAGUGAAAUAAAUAAAUUUUACAUUUGUUUUGA